AUGUCGCCCAUCACAAAAGUCAGCGGUGUACAGGGCCAACAAGGCCAACUGUCGUCCAAAGAGCUUAUGCUAUACCAUGAGAUUCCAUCGUGGCAACAGGAUAAUGAAUUUGUGCUGUCUGGAUACCGGCCAGUCUCCGGGUCUUUAUGUAGAUCACUACGCAGCGUUCUGUACAUGCACAACGAGACUGUUAACAUAGUCUCACAUGCGCUUGGUUGUAUCGCUUUCACCACUAUCCCCUUCUUUCUCCCUCCUAUGCAUCAUCCCAUAAUAUCGCGCUACUGCUUCGGAGUGGCCUUUUAUGAUUGUACUGACGUUGAGAACAUAUUCCACUUCGUGUCCAACCACAGUCGCAUGUGGGCCCGGGCCUGCAAUCGCCUCGAUUAUUUAGGCAUUGUGGUCCUCGUCUGGAGUGCUAACGCACCCGUGGUUCGUUACGCACUGUCAGGGCUCCCAGACCUGCAGAGAAUAUACAGCUUGAUCAAUAUCAUCACGGCUGCCAUGAGUGUAGGGUUCACAUUUGGCCAUCACUUUGGCCUUUCUGCCUUUAGAAAGUGGCGUGUACUUUUCUACAGCGCGUCCGGCUUGGGCUCACUCGCGUCACUGGUACAUGGCCUACAAAUUAAAGGCUGGGCCGUUCUGGGAAACCAACUGCCCCUUGGGUGGUUGGCUUGCACGAUGUCGCUUAAUCUCAUCGCCGCAGCUGCCUAUGCCUCCAGGAUCCCCGAGAGAUGGUUUCCAUAUAGGUUCGACCUUGUGGGAGCUAGCCAUCAGAUUUUCCAUGUCUUAGUUCUGGUAGCCACGUUCACACACCUAGCAGGCCUGCUUGCAGCUUCUCAAUCUGCCGCCAUGUGA